UAUAAUGUUUCUCAUACCUGUAAUAUUCGCCGACGAAAGGAUAUUCGUAUUGAAAAUGGAAUUUCCAUUUGACGCUACCAUUUCGCCAUUUUACGAAUUAAUCAACGUUACGCAAUUCUUACAAGAAGUGACCUUCGCCUCGACGUCUGGAAUGUUGAAUGGCGUGAUAAUGACAAUGAUACUACAUACAGGCGGUCAAAUUGAAAUAAUGUGUCAGACAAUCGAGGAAUUAAUAAAUAAGAUCGACAACGAACGUGGCUCUUAUUUGAAUGUAUUGAAAAAAUUGAUCGUCAAACACGACAGAAUUAUAUUGUUUUCCGUUUAUAUCGAAGAAUUGUUUACUUAUAUUGCUCUGUUGCAAUUUUUUUCUAACACCAUGGCCAUUUGUUUCUCGGGAUUUGUUAUUAUGACGUCGAUUGGCACCGAAGAAGGUAAUGCAAUAUUAGCAAAAACAGUUCCAUAUUAUAUUGUGGUGAACGUCGAAGCUUUUAUACUUUGUUUCGCUGGGGAAUAUCUAAGUUCGAAAAGCGCGAUAUUGGGUAAAAAGGCAUACGAUAUCAAUUGGUACGAAUUGAAAUCGAACGAAAGCAGAUAUAUAUUACUUCUAAUACUUCGGGCACAAAGAAAAUUGACCAUAACCGUAGGGAAAUUUUUGGAUCUAUCAUUGGAAAGUUUUGCAAGUAUAUUGAAAGCAUCUGCGUCAUAUGGAUCGGUACUUCACGCAAUGUAUUAG